AAUGAUAAAAAACCUAAAUAGGACUGUUAUUAUCAGGACUUCGCAUAGUCGUAAGCAAUCUACUUCAUCUGUUGAUUCUGAUAGCACUUCAACAAAAUCAGAAAUAAAAUUUAAAUCACCAAUAUUUAUUUAACAGCCUCUUUAACCCUUGAAAGAGGUCAGCGAACCUAAUACUCCAGAUGCUGUGAAAAUUCCACAAACAUCAAAAGCUUCUACAAGAAAGUCAAGAUUUUAAAAACCUGCUCCUGAGACUAAAAAAGAAAGUAGUUAAUCUUCAGAUUCAAGUUCGGAUGCAUCAGAACAUGAUAUUUGGAAUGAUGAUGAAAUACUAUUGAAGGGAGUUCAUUUGGGGGAAUUUCAAAACUUAUCACCAACUGAUGAAUUGCAAAUGCUAUAUAAAAUAAGAUUUGAAACUUAUCCUCAUAAAAAGGAAUAAAUUUCAGAAGAAUAGUUAGCACUUGAGGUAUAGAGACUAAUAAAUAAAUUGAAAUUUCAUUAUUUGAAAUAUAAAAAGAUCUUACCUCUAGAGAAUCUUAAAGAUUAUACAUAGCAAUACAAUAUUAAUGAUGAUAUAAAUUAUAUGAGAUUUUGGGAUUAUUUUAGAGUAAGAACAAAUCAUAGAAAGCAUAAAUAAUUAAUCAUGCCAACAAAAAACACUAAAGAAAAUCGAAGUUAAUAGCCCUUAAAUCCAACAAUUCGAAAUAAUUAGCGAAUCAAAACUGAAUAUCGAAUUAAAAGCUUGAAUGCAAGAAGAUUAUGA